GAGUAAUUUCUUUUCACGACUUAUGACUUGAAGAUAUUGCUGCCUUUGUGUUUUGUAGGAUAGGCGCAAACUGGAMGAGGCUGCUGACGGAUCCUCGCCAUCAUGGAGCUGGCUCACAGUCUGCUGCUCAACGAAGACGCUUUGGCWCAGAUCACCGAAGCCAAAAGGCCCGUGUUCAUCUUCGAGUGGCUUCGAUUUCUGGACAAAGUGCUCGUGGCAGCAAAUAAGGUGGACGUAAAAGAGAAGCAGAAGAAGCUGGUGGAGCAGCUAACAGGACUGAUCAGCAGUGCCCCCGGACCCCCAACCAGGAAACUUCUGGCCAAGAACCUGGCUACCCUCUACAGCAUCGGUGACACCUUCACUGUUUUCCAGACUUUGGAYAAAUGCAACGACAUCAUCAAAAGCAAGGAUGACACGCCAGCGUACUUGCCAACAAAACUGGCUGCUGUGGCGUGUGUCGGAGCUUUUUAUGAGAAGAUGGGCAGGAUGCUGGGAAGCUCUUUUCCAGACACCAUUAAUAAUCUUAUGAAGGCUCUAAAAAGCGCAGAGUCCCAAGGACGAGGGGAGAUCCUCCUCAGUCUGCAGAAGGUGUUAAGUGGACUGGGUGGCGCCGCAGCUUCGUGUCACAGAGACAUCUACAAGAACGCCCGCUCUUUGCUCACAGACAGGUCCAUGGCUGUACGCUGUGCCGUAGCUAAGUGCCUGUUGGAGCUGCAGAACGAGGCGGUGUUCAUGUGGACAACAGAGCUGGAGAACAUGGCCACGUUGUGCUUCAAAGCCUUGGAAGGAUCGAACUACGGCGUCCGAGUGGCAGUGGCCAAACUCCUGGGCACGGUCAUGGCCACCGCCCUCAUGCCCAAACAAGCAGCAGUGAUGCGUCAGAACGUGAAGCGGGCGACUCUGGAUGAGGUUCUGGAGCUGAUGGCCACAGGGUUUCUCCGCGGUGGAUCUGGCUUCCUAAAGAGCGGAGGGGAGAUGUUAAAGGGUGGCGGCUCUGUGAGCAGGGAGGUGCGAGUGGGCGUCACACAGGCCUACGUCGUGUUCGUCACGACGCUCGGUGGCCAGUGGCUCGAGCGCAACUUCGCCACGUUUCUGUCCCACGUCCUGGACCUGGUGUCUCACCCACGGGCCACGCAGACACACGUGGAGGCCGUGUACUCACGCCGCUGCGUCUCCUUCAUGCUGCGCGCCACCUUGGGGGGGUUGCUCGGAGAGAAAGCCCAAAUCGCAGCCGGCAAAGAAAUCUGCCAGGCCAUCAGCAAGCAGAUGAGGGCUGUGGGUAAGGAGGAUGGGGGGGAAAUGUCACGGUUCAGAGCACUGCAGAAGGCAGUUGUGAACGACAUCAGUGGUGAGAACAAGGCUGGAGGAGCUGAUGUCUCUGCCAGCCAGCAUGUGAUGGUGUGCGCCCUGCAGGAACUGGGUAGUUUAGUUCAGAGCUUGAGCGCCACGGCGUCCCCUCUCAUCCAGGAGCCUUCUGUUGGACUUCUUGAAACGGUGACCUCKGUGCUGCUCCACCCGAGCAUGGCGGCACGUUUGGCGGCCGCGUGGUGCCUGCGCUGYGUUGCCGUGGCUCUGCCUUAUCAGCUGUCCCCGCUGUUGGACCGCUGCGCCGAGAGGAUCAACAACCUGAAGAGCUCGCCUGAAGCCGUGAGCGGCUACAGCUUCGCGAUGGCAGCUCUGCUGGGCGGYGUCCACCAGUGUCCUCUGGGCAUUCCUCACUCCAAGGGCAAGCUGGUUGUGAGCAUCGCUGAAGAUCUCCUGCGMACAGCUGCUCAGAACAGCCGUCUGUCCCUGCAGCGCACGCAGGCUGGGUGGCUGCUGCUCGGAGCCCUCAUGACUUUAGGUUCCGCACUCGUUCGCUACCACCUCCCCAAAAUGCUGCUGCUGUGGAGGAACGUGUUUCCUCGCUCCCAGAAGGAGCUGGAGGCAGAAAAGGCCCGGGGGGACUCMUUCACCUGGCAGGUGACCCUGGAGGGCCGGGCCGGAGCACUGUGCGCCAUGCGCAGCUUCGUGGCUCACUGUCCGGAGCUUCUCACUGAGGAUGUCAUCCGCCGCCUGAUGACGCCGAUCGAAUGUGCCAUGACCAUGAUGUCUCACGUCCCUGCCAUCAUUAAAGUCCACGGCGCCCACCUGAAAGCCAGCGCAGCCAUGGUGCGGCUCAGGUUGUACGACAUCCUGGCGCUCCUGCCUCCCAAGACCUACGAAGGCAGCUUCAACGCGCUCCUGAGGGAGCUGGUGGCUGAGUUCACUUUGACCGACAACUCGGCCAACACCACCACCUCCCUGCUGCGCUCUCUGUGCCACUAUGACGACAGCGUGCUCAUGGGCUCCUGGCUGCAGGAAACGGACCACAAGUCCAUCGAGGAUCAACUGCAGCCCAACAGUGCGUCUGGCAGCGGCGCUCUGGAGCACGACCCCUCGUCGAUCUACCUGCGAGUUCCUGUGGGCGAGGCCAUCCCCGGACCACUGCCUCUGGGCGUGUCGGUGAUCGACGCCUCGGUUGCCCUGUUUGGCGUCGUUUUCCCCCACGUCUCCUUUAAACACAGGCUGCAGAUGCUCGACCACUUCGCAGAGUGCAUAAAGCAGGCAAAAGGAGUUCGGCAGCAGGCCGUUCAGCUGAACAUCUUCACCGCGGUGCUCAGUGCGCUCAAGGGUUUGGCUGAGAACAAGAGCACUCUGGGCCCGGAGGAGGUGCGCAAGUCGGCUCUGGCCCUGGUGAUGGGAGCUCUGGACAAUCCCAACCACAUCUUACGUUGUGCUGCAGGAGAGGCCCUGGGGAGGAUGGCUCAGGUGGUGGGAGAGGCCACCUUCAUCGCCCGAAUGGCACAGACCAGCUUCGACAAGCUGAAGUCGGCUCGUGACGUCGUUUCGAGGACGGGUCACUCUCUGGCCCUCGGCUGUCUGCAUCGAUACGUCGGAGGAAUCGGGUCCGGUCAGCACCUAAAGACCAGCGUCAGCAUCCUGUUGGCUCUCGCUCAGGAUGGGUCCUCUCAUGAGGUCCAGACGUGGGCUCUGCACUCUCUGGCUCUGAUUGUGGAUUCCAGCGGUCCCAUGUACAGGGGCUACGUGGAGCCCACGCUGUCCCUGGUGCUCACACUGUUGCUCACUGUGCCGCCGUCCCACACGGAGGUCCACCAGUGUUUGGGCCGCUGCUUGGGGGCUCUCAUCACCACCGUUGGACCUGAACUGCAGGGAAAUGGAGCCACUGUUUCCACCAUCCGCUCGUCCUGCCUGGUCGGCUGUGCCAUCAUGCAGGACAACUCUGACUCUCUGGUCCAGGCCGCCGCCAUCUCCUGUUUGCAGCAGCUGCACAUGUUCGCUCCGCGACACGUCAACCUGUCCAGCCUGGUGCCCUGUCUAUGCGUGCAUCUGUGCAGUUCUCACCUGUUGCUGCGUCGUGCCGCCGUGGCCUGCCUCAGACAGCUCGCCCAGAGGGAAGCUGCGGAGGUCUGCGAGUACGCCAUGAGCCUGGCGAGAAGAGCCGGGGACAGCAAAGACAGCACGACCAUCAAUCUGAACAUCACAGAGACCGGCCUGGAGGGCGUUCUGUUCGGCAUGCUGGAUCGGGAGACGGACAGGAAGCUGUGCUCCGACAUCCACGACACGCUGGGUCACAUGCUGUCGUCUCUUGCUGUGGAGAAGCUUUCUCAUUGGCUGAAACUGUGCAAAGAUGUCCUGGCAGCAACUACAGACGUAGGGGGAGCCGUCACCUUCGAGGUGGAAAARGACGAGGAGGACUCGGAGAAAAAAGACGAGAUGGACGACGACACCAUGUUCACGGGCCUGGGAGACGAYGACAAGUCCAAGCCGUCGGUGGCGCCGCGCUGGGUGACCCGGGUGUUCGCCGCCGACUGCCUGUGUCGGAUCAUCCUGCUGUGCGAGAACGCAGACAAGCUGCACUUUGACUUGGCAGCCGCUCGCUCCGCGCAAGCCAAGAAUCCCAAAGGGGAUCUGUUGGUGCUCCACUUGUCCGACCUCAUCCGUAUGGCCUUCAUGGCAGCCACAGACCACAGUAACCAGCUGAGGAUGGCCGGUCUGCAGACCCUGGAGGACAUCAUUAAAAAGUUUGCAUCAGUACCAGAGCCUGAGUUCCCGGGACACGUUAUCCUUGAGCAGUAUCAGGCAAAUGUCGGAGCUGCCCUCAGACCUGCAUUUUCACCUGAUACACCGUCUGACAUUACAGCUAAAGCGUGCCAGGUUUGCAGCACGUGGAUCGGCAGUGGCGUCGUCAGCGACCUCAACGACCUGAGGCGAGUCCACAACCUGCUGGUGUCGUCGCUGGACAAGGUGCAGGCCGGGAGGAGCUCCUCCAGCCAGCUGUACAGCGAGAGCGCCACCACCAUGGAGAAGCUGGCGGUGCUGAAGGCGUGGGCUGAGGUCUACGUGGUGGCGAUGAAGAUCAAGAAAGAGGCGGAGUCUAAGCCCGCCAAGCUGGUCAGGAGAGAGGACGAGGAUGAGGAUGAGGACGAUCUGGGCGCCGACGUGCUUCCUCCCGACAGCCUCAUCACUUUGGUGCAGCCGGAGCUGCCGUCGCUGAGCCGCCUGUGGCUGGCCAUGCUGCGAGACUACGCUCUGCUCACUCUGCCGGCCGAGUUCUCCAGUCAGCUGCCUCCUGAUGGUGGAGCUUUUUACACCCCAGAGACCAUAGACACGGCACGGCUCCACUACCGUAGCUCCUGGGCCCCGGUYCUGCACGCCGUGGCCCUCUGGCUGAACAGCACCGGGUUUGGAGCAGGCGAAGAUCCAGAGGAUCCCUCCAAGUCUCCUGAAGGUUCCUCCAAAACCAGGUCUUUUGAGGAGUCUGUCAAAGACCGGAUGCACCUUCUAUUGGGUGUCAGUAUUGAGUUUCUCUGCUUCCCUCGACCUGAGGAGCCCAUCGAACACGUCAUGUCCUGCCUGCUGGCUCUGUCAACUCUGCUGGAAUCUCCGUGGGCCAAACAGCAUAUCGCAGAAGACCAGUUGUUGGCGGUGGAGCUCCUGAAUGUGCUGCACAGGCUCCUGCUGACCCGAGACCCCCCUGGUGUCCAGCUCCAGGUCACCACUGUGGUUCAGGAGACCAUCAGGGCUGCGCAGGACCACCUGCAAAAACUGAGAACCGGCAGAGGCAAAGAAGAAGACGGGGAAAAAGACACCCGGCCUGUCCUCGGGGAAGGCGGAGACACGGGGGAGCUGGUCCCGGGCAAGUCCUUGGUGUACGCGGCCAUGGAGCUGCUGGUCUUCCUCGUGGUCCGCCACGUGCCGCAGCUGAACUCGCGAGUGAAGGAGUCGCCGAGCCACGCGCCRCUCAGGCCUCAGAGGCUGCCCGAAGGGAGCGAGCGUCUGGUGGCCAACACCGUCUCUAUCCUGGCCGAGCUGCCGUCACUCUGCUCGCCUUCAGGAGGAAUGACCAUUCUACCCACAGUUCUCUUCCUAAUCACCGGGGUUCUGAGGGAAACUGCAAUCAAGACAGCCGACAACUCUGUACCCGUUCCCGUCUCGGCUGCGCUGCAGGGCAUCAAAACCAUCGUCACCUCACCGUUGGCCCGGUCCGAGAGCAUCCAGACGCAGUGGACCGGCCUCGUGAGAAGCAGCCUGGCGUCUGUGCUGGAGUACUCUCAGCCAGACGAGUCCAGACCCGACAUGGACGAGGUCAGCAUGUUGACGGCGAUCACGCUCUUCCUGCUGUCGGCCAGCGGUGAACUCGUCGGAGUCGUGGUCCUGCAGAACGGCUGCAUGGACCGCUUCCGCAACGCCCUGAACUCCAGCGACCCGUGGGUUCAGGCCCGGUGUUACCAGCUGCUGCUGUCUGUGUUCCAACACACCAACCGAGCCCUCUCCACUCCUUACAUCCACGCCUUGGCUCCACUCAUGGUGGAGAAGCUGAGGGCGGUGGAGCGCAGUCGACCCGGCACYGCCGCCGAGCUGCAGGCCGUCCAGGAGGGCAUCCGGGUCCUGGAGAACCUGGUCGGCAUGGGCGAGGAGAAGAACCGGGUGCAGCUGCUGGCCCUCCUCGUCCCGACGCUCAUCUCGUACCUUUUGGACGAAAACGCCAUCUCCUCUGCGCCCCAAGUGUCUAAAAGCCUGCACGAGUUCGCCCUUCAGAACCUGAUGCGGAUCGGGCCUCUCUACCCAGCUGCCUUCAAGAUUGUAAUCGGCGCGGCACCCGAGCUCAAAACGCGUCUGGAGUCUGCGAUACGGGCUAACCAAGCUAGCAGCAAAGCUAAAGCCGCGGCUAGACAAGCUCAGCCAGCCGUUCCAGCUGCGCCGACGAUUAAACUGAAGAAGAGCUUCUUCUGAACGCGACACACGUGCACUCUUUGUCAUCUUUUAGAUGGUUCCCGUCAACAACAUGCUGUUAAUUAAUCAGUUUGUAUGUAUUUAUUUAUUCUUCAGCUCACUUUAGUUUUUAUAAAUAAAUAUUCUCAAAAGGUUAAUAAUGUAUAUAUCAUUAAAAAGAAUUUUAAAAAUGUCAAA